AUGGAAAAAGCGUUGACGGAAAAAUCCAUGAAACCAACAGAAACACAUAGAAGCAGAACAUUAGCAAAACCAACCAAAGAGGAAAGCAGCCAGAGAAAACAAACAACAACACCAGCGUGCAUAAAUAACA